AUGUCAGAAGAGGAAUACUCACAAUUUUUGUUUGAGAAGCAUGAUCUCAGCAAAUUUAACAGAUAUGAAGAAUUAAUAGACUUCAGAGGAUUUAGAUUACCAGAUGACAAGAAUAAAACUAUUUAUUUAUUAGAUGAGAAUGGAGGUUGGUGCGAUUUAAAUGGUUGCUACUAUAAUGAGAAUUGUUAACCAAGUGGAUGGAUUGUAUUGAGUAAAGAUGGUAAAAAGUUUAUGAGAUUUAAUUUGAACACAGAGUUUAUUGAAGAAUAGUAAAAUAUUUAUUAUUCCAAUCAAUAAUUUGAUGCAACACGGUUAGAAUAAAAUCAACAAAAACACAAAAACAAAAAUAACAAUGAAUAGGAACAGUAAUUGAAUUAAAAAUAAAAAUAAAGACCUAAAUAGGAGAAUAGGAAACAAUAGAAUUAAUCUAAUCAAUCCAAUUAAACCAAUUAAGAACCUUAAAAAAAACAAAAUUAACAUAAAUAGAAAGAUUAAGAUAGAGAAAAAGCCUAGAAUCAAGUCCAUUCAGAAAAAACAAAGGAGUAAGAAUAAUAAGAACAAGAAGACGAGUUAUAUGUUGAAAAAAAAGAUUAAUAGCUAACCAAUGAAGUAAAUAAUACAAGUGAUGACCCCAAAACUAAUGACAGAGAUGCAAAUUAAAGAAAUUAAAGAGAUAGAAAAUAUAAUAACAAGAAUCGCAAAAAUUAAAAGAAGGAUAAUCAGAAUCAGGAUAAUAAUGAAAGUAAGAAAUAUUAUAUUUUGAACAUCAAUGAUAAUACUUUGAGCAAAGAGGACUUUAUUAAACAUUUGAUAGAAGAGUGUAAAAUUAAAUAAGAAAAUAUAAUUGAUUACAAUGAGAAUAUCUUAAAGUUAGCUUAAGAUAAAGAUGCCAUCAAAUUAUAUAGAUUGAAUAAAAAAUAGUAAACAGAUCAAGCCUAAAAAUUCAUUGUCUCCACAUGA